CAACCCUGGAGGGGUGAACACCAGCCAUGCUUCCGAGCUGUGAGUAGCAGACUAGAGAGGAAGACUAUUUAAGGAACAAGUGCUUAUCUCCUAACUGAAGAAAUCUUAGCAUUACUUCAGAUUUUGAAGUACGAGAAAGCAAGGAAGAGAGAGAGCGAGAGCGAGAGCUGGCAUUAAGCAAUCACAUCGCAGUGUGUACGUACGUCUCAUUUCCAGUCCAACUUUGGUUGUCAUGAGGAGGGUUCUGGUCAGAUUUACCCAGGGGAGAGAGCUCCUCCUGGGGCAGAGAGGCAGACAAGCCCCAGGUCCUGGCAUUGGAGCCUUCCACCUGCACCACACCUGCUCAGCACUGGUCUACAGACACCAUGGAGACCUGCUGGAUUUGGUCAGGAUGGAGCAGAUGUCUCUUCCAGCCCUGGGGCCUCAUAGCAUCAGACUGAAGAUGCUGGCAGCUCCUAUCAACCCUGCAGACAUCAACAUGCUGCAAGGCACCUACCCCAUCAGGCCUCCCCUUCCCUCUGUGGGGGGAAAUGAAGGGGUGGGGGAGGUGGUGGAGGUGGGGAGUGAUGUCAUCAAUCUGCGACCAGGAAACUGGGCCAUUCCCUGGGAUGCCGGGUUUGGUACGUGGAGGACGGAGGUGGUGUGUGAGGAGGAGGAUCUCCUCCAGGUGCCCAGACAGCUGUCAGUCCUGGAGGCCGCCACAGUGGCAGUGAACCCCUGCACUGCCUACCGCAUGCUGCACGACGUCACCCAGCUCUCCCCAGGCUCCUGUGUGAUCCAGAAUGGGGCCAACAGUGCUGUGGGUCAAGCAGUGAUUCAGAUAGCUUCAACUCUGGGGCUGAAGACCAUCAACAUCAUCAGAGACAGAGCUAAUCAGCAGGAGGUGAAGGAGGAGCUUAAGCAUAUGGGGGCAGACCUGGUUGUCACAGAGGAGGAGCUAUAUAAUGGGCGGGGCCAGGCCCUACAGGGUCUGCCUCGACCAGUCCUGGGGCUGAACUGUGUGGGGGGUCGGAGCGGUGGGCUGGUCCUCGCCCAGCUACGAGAGGGCGCUACCAUGGUAACAUAUGGAGGGAUGUCCAGGAAACCUCUCCUGGUACCUACUGGCUGUCUGAUCUUCAACAACCUCAAGCUCCGCGGCUUCUGGAUGACACAGUGGAAGAGGGACAACAGACAUGAUAUGAUGCGUCUUCAAAACAUGGUGACAGCAGUGUGUGGUCUACUGCUCAGUGGCAAGCUCCGCCCCCCUCGCUGUGUCCCGGUGCCUUUCAGCCAAUACAGACAAGCCCUCCAGGCAACAAGUCACGCCCACUCCAGAAAGCAUGUGUUAAUGAUGUAGACAACAUACACACACACUCUAGACUCAACACCACAACAGUCAUUU